AUGGUGACCAGGGUGAGGCUGCAUCCCCGUGGGUUCGGGCUUCUCUUGCCCUCGGCCACUCCCGUAAUUUCACCAGGUGUUGAACAGCAGCGCUCUCAAGAAGUGGCCCUGGGGACCUUCGGUGAGGAAGCCACAGGCAGCCCCAUACACCCCGCGGCCCCGUGGAGCAUCGACUCGAACCGCUUUUGUCUCCGAGAGCUGACGCGGGGAAGGCGGCCUCUGUGCAACACCUGCGGGGGCCGGAAUCCCGGCACCAUGGCGAACACACCUGCGCGGCCGGGACCCAGCGCCCCCGACCCACACUGCCAAGGACCGCCGAGCGGCAGUGGUGUCCAGAUGGGGGAAGGGGAUGCGGGCGGCGGCGACACUUACCCGGCAGCGCCUUCUCCUCCGCCGGCGACAGCAGAGCCGGCGGCCCCCGGCACCAUCUUCCGCCACCGCCUCGUCCUCAGCGGCGGCUACCAACCGCCCAUUCGGCACUGCCAACCGACACAACCGCCGGUGUCCCGGGCGCCCGCCCUCCCGCCGCGGCCCCGAACUACUGGUAGAAGGGAGGGGUCAGGGCGUAAAAGGACGCAGUCAGGCCCCUCGGCUCUGGUUAGAGGACCGGGAAUCAGCGGGACCGCGGCCAGUCAGAGCCGAGGGGCCCGGGCAACCCGAGGACCCCGAAACAGUGCCGAGGGCUUGGCAGGGCCGCCGACACGGCCGCGGCUGGGUUUGUUAUUGUCGACUCCGACUCUUCCUCCGCGGAGCACGCCGGGAAACGGCCAGCUGCGGGGGAGGGGCGCACCGGGAGGCGUAGGUUAUCGUUUGCGCAGGACCGGAAGUCCGUAGGCUGCCGGGAAAGGGGCGGCUCCGCCUCCGGUGGCGUUGGGCUUGCCUGGCAACUUAGCUGUCCUGCCCUGACCUGGGAAGAUUUUGCUGGUGUGUGCUAGUCGCUGUCCUGGCGCGACUUCCCCAAGUACAGAGGAUGGAACCCAAGGCAUCAAGCAUUCAAGGGAAGAGCUCUACUACUGAUCUACAUGCCCAGACCUUUUAAAAUUGUUUUGAAACAGGAUCUCACUAAACUGCCCAGACUGACUUCGAAUUUUGGAAUCCUCCUGCCUCAACUCUUGAGUAGCUGGGAUUACAUGCAGAUGGUUUCUUCUCUCUAUGUUGCCCAGGCUGGUGUGGAACUCCUGGGCUUGUUAUGCUCGAAUUCAGGACCCCCAAAGACCACCUGAGACCCAAGAUCGAUGUAAGCAGCAAAGAGGUGUUUAUUGUGAGCUAGAUCCGUCCUCUGCGCAUACACACAGCAACUGCUGAUGCUGAGAGGCCCCGAGCCCAGGGUUUGCACCAUUUUUAUACAUUCUUUGGAGAGGGCAGGGACUUCACAUACAUCAUAGCCUCUUUUAGCAAAUCAUCACACACCACGAGAAAAUCAAAUAACAACUCUAAAACAUGAUUAGCACAUUCACUGGCAGGAACAAGUUGGGUAGGGGUGAUUGGUCAGUACAAAAGGGGUAUUCAUUUGAACUGAUUGGUUUAAGCCAAGAGGGGUGUACUUGCUGAACUACAUGGUUUCCCAACUUGUUAUCAACCACCAUAAACUACUGGGAGGGUUAUCUGGCAUCCCAGGUAUUUCCCUGUUUCAUGCUAAUUGGCUGCUAGGGGGUUGCUAUGGGUCCCCACCUAGCCUGACUGAGUCAGGGACACCUGGCACAGCAGAUCUCUCCUGUUAUUUGUAGAUAAACAACUUAGCAGGGUGGGAAUGUGCCUAGGAGUGCUCUGUGGGUUUUUCCAAGGGCAAAGGCCAUAUCCCUUCCUUGGAUAGGCUUUGCUCUGAGAUAGAGGCUGGUUUUUCAGGCUCAAGUGGCCCUCUUGCCUCAGCCUCCCAAGUGUUGGGACUGCAGACAUGCACUACCAUGCUUGGCACGAGCUCACUUUUUGACCAUUUCUCUUAUGUGAGUAUCAACACAACCAGAGCCCAUGCCUUUCAUUUACCGGCCUCAAGCCAUUCAAUUGCUUGCUAAAUGUUUCUUUUUCCUUCCAAUCUUGCCCCAAAAGCAAAUGAACACCUGGCAUCUUGGAUAUUUAUUUGAGAUCUCAGCCAUACAAAUUUCCCAAGCACUGUCUUUUCAAAUAAGUUGUGUGUCAGAACAAGAGCACAUUUUUGCCACUGACCUCAGCUCGGGGCUCCAACCUGGCAGGAGUUCUGUUUCAGGGCUUCUCACAGGUAGGGGCUAUUGCUGUGGCUUAUGCAAAAUAGGCAUUUAAAGCCUGAGUCCACACUCACAGAGCAGGAAGGAACUCCUUGCUGUGACUGUGAUGAACACCUAAUGUGAGCACUAGGAGGCCACAUCUGUGAGUCUUUAAUUAGUCCCCCCUGCAGGUUCCCCUACCAGGGCAAUAGGAGGGCACCAUUAACAACACCUGGCAGAGAUGCUCAAUUCUAACCCUAUGAGCCUUGGUUACCACCUCAAAUGUGAAACCUGCCAUGCUACUUCUUCCACAUUUACCUUGAUACUUCUUGCUGCUGGGUUUCUGGUAAAUCCUAAAACCCUAUCUAGUGGAAUGGCUGCCCCAUUGUAAACAACGCCCCUGUACCCAUGGACUGUUUUCAGAAUAUGUGCUUCUCACCUCUUUGCCAUGGCUGCAGCUACCCCAUAAUUGAAUCUUCUCACCCAUUUCCUGUUCUGUUUAUGAAGGAAUCUGAACCCCAAUGAGUGCCUGGUCUGGUGAACUGCCUUUUAAUCCUUAUAAAUCAUUUUACAAAAUGCUAGAAACAGUUUAAAAACGAUAGGCCCAGUGGUGGUUUAUUUUUGCCAAUAAGUAUUUUCUGAAAACUAAUGAGAAUUCAAAAGCCAACAUGUUCUUUCUUCAGAUUUUUAUGACACUAGAAUGCUGAUUUCCAUUUUUUGUCAUAUAUUGUUUCCUUGAUCCUAUUUUAUGCAGAAAGUAAAGGUGUAGAAACCA